AUGUUCAAGAGCGGCAUUUCCUCGCUCGCCCGGGCGUCCCGCCCUACAUUCUCAGCAGCCGCCUCCCGACGUGCCAUCAAGCCUGCUGCUCUCCGACUUCCAUGGAACAGCAGAUACGCCAGCUCUGCCAGUGUUGGUGCUGGAAAGAUUCAUCAGGUCAUUGGUGCCGUCGUCGAUGUCAAGUUCGAUACCGCAAAGCUACCUGCUAUUUUUAACUCUCUGGAAACCGACAACAAUGGCAACAAGCUCGUUCUCGAGGUCGCUCAACAUCUCGGUGAGAAUGUAGUGCGUUGUAUAGCCAUGGACGGUACCGAGGGUCUUGUCCGAGGUGCCAAGGCUACCGACACUGGUGCUCCUAUUACCAUUCCUGUUGGUCCUGCCACUUUGGGUCGUAUCAUCAAUGUAACCGGCGACCCUAUCGACGAGCGUGGGCCCAUAAAGACGGACAAGUUCUUGCCUAUCCACUCCGAGCCUCCAGAGUUCAUUGACCAGUCCACCUCUGCCGAGAUUCUCGUUACUGGCAUCAAGGUUGUCGAUUUGCUUGCUCCUUAUGCCCGUGGUGGAAAGAUUGGUCUCUUUGGUGGUGCUGGUGUCGGCAAAACUGUGUUCAUCCAGGAACUCAUCAACAACAUCGCCAAGGCCCAUGGUGGUUACUCUGUUUUCACCGGUGUUGGCGAACGUACCCGUGAGGGCAACGAUCUGUAUCACGAAAUGCAGGAGACUUCAGUCAUCCAGCUUGAUGGAGAGUCCAAGGUCGCACUUGUGUUUGGUCAGAUGAAUGAGCCUCCUGGUGCCCGUGCUCGUGUCGCUCUUACUGGUCUUACCAUCGCAGAGUAUUUCCGUGACCAGGAAGGACAAGACGUUCUUCUCUUCAUUGACAACAUUUUCCGAUUUACUCAGGCUGGUUCAGAGGUGUCCGCCCUGCUAGGUCGUAUUCCCUCUGCCGUCGGUUACCAACCAACUCUCGCCGUCGAUAUGGGUGGUAUGCAGGAACGUAUCACCACCACCAAGAAGGGCUCCAUUACCUCGGUACAAGCUGUCUACGUCCCUGCUGACGAUUUGACUGAUCCUGCCCCUGCCACCACUUUUGCUCACUUGGACGCUACCACAGUCUUGUCUCGUGGCAUUUCCGAGUUGGGUAUUUACCCUGCUGUCGAUCCUCUCGAUUCCACCUCCCGUAUGCUGGACCCUCGUAUUGUUGGCCAGGACCACUAUGAUACAGCCACUCGAGUCCAACAGAUCCUCCAAGAGUACAAAUCCCUUCAAGAUAUCAUUGCUAUUCUGGGUAUGGAUGAGUUGUCUGAAGCGGACAAGCUCACUGUUGAGCGUGCCCGCAAGAUUCAACGUUUCCUUAGUCAGCCGUUCACUGUGGCUCAGGUCUUCACUGGUAUCGAGGGUAAGCUGGUUGACUUGAAGGAUACUAUUGCCUCCUUCAAGGCUAUCCUGAGCGGUGAAGGUGACAGCCUUCCUGAAGGUGCCUUCUACAUGGUUGGUGACCUUAACUCUGCUAAGGAGAAGGGUGCGAAGAUUCUCGCGGAAUUGGAGAAGAGCAACUGA